AAACUAAUCAAGCUAAUUCUACCUUAAUCAAGCUUAAAAACAAUGGUUUAAGGCUGCCACAUACCAGAAUUUUCCAGCUAAAACCGGAGCUGCAGGGGGAAGAGAAGCCGGCGGCAAUUUGGAGAAGAAGCUCACGGGUUCUACCCAAAAAUUGAAGGAAAUAAGAGCAUUUAACUUAAACCCAAGGCAAUUAAAGCUGAAGAAGGGAGAUUCAUGGCUAUUUCUUACCAAAAACCCAAGCCAAUUCGCCCCCACAAGGCAAGAACAGCCGGCGGUGAAGGAGCAGAGCAAGGCAGAUCCGACUUUUCCAGCAGGGGAGGGAAGAUUUCUGGGUUCUAGGUGUGUUCUAGAGCAAGAAGGAAGGAGAAAUCUCCAAGCUUUCUCACUAGUUUCUCAAGCAUGGCUGGGUUCCCCUUUUUUUUUUUUUUCGGGCGGCUGCAGCGGGAAGACAGAGCAGAACACGCGGGGAAGAAGAAGAAAAGAAAGAAAGAAAAAGGAGAAAAGAAAAGAAGUCAUCCUUAUCCAAAAUCUUUCCCUCUUUAAGUCCCUCAACUUUUGAAAUAUUCACAUUAGGCUCCAAAACAAUCUUUUUUCACAAUCAAGUCCUUAACUUACACUUCAAUAUUCCCGAAAAUUUGGGAUAUUACACUUACCCCUCCUAAAAAGGAGUUUUGUCCCUAAAACUCAUAUUGAGGACCAUAUCAAGUGGUGAAUGGCUUCACACAAUCCAAGACAAACAAAUGCCUCACUCACUUUCUAUGAACAGACAUGGCCUACUACGCUUCCGCUGCGCCACUCUGAUAUCAAAUCACGACUAAUCUUAAAAAGCAGAACACUAAUCACUUAACAUGAUUUGCCAUCAAAUAAGCUACUGGAGGUUGCGGUAAUACGGAAAGCACAAGGAAUAAAAAUAAAUCCUGCCAAAGCCACAAAAGAACAAUUGUGGGGUUACGCUACGAACCCAUCACAAGACAAGUUGGCAAAGAAUGGCAUGGAUUUAAAGAUGAAUACAACAAAACUUUGAACUCUAUCAAAGACGGAUAAGCAUCCAACAGAUAUAUGGAUCAUGAAUGAAUGAACGAGUGCAUG